AUGGGUGAGGACUGUCUAGAUAGUCAGUGUAUCAUAGUGUGAACAUCAAAAUGGAGGAAGCAAAGAAUGAAGAGGGAAUAAUCACUAUUGAUGAACAGAAGUUUGACAUGGAUUUCAGUGGACAACAUACCGUUACAGUAACAGAUCGAAGUGGCCACAGUAUGAAAUAUCAACUUUUCCGUGGAGUACAUCUUACACCUAUGUAUAAAAUUGAAAUACUUCAACAAAUCCAAGGUUUCCGCAUGAGGCCAGAUGACAUAUACUUCACCGGAUUUCCCCGUACAGGAACAAACUGGACGUUCGAAAUGACAAGUAUGCUUCUUAAUGGUAAAGCUGAAACCAUCCAAAGAGCCAAAGAUCUCAUUGAGCUAACUCCUCCUGAAGAACUGGUCCAACGACCAUCACCACGUGUCAUCAACGCACACAUGAAAAUGUCCCACUCUCCAGAUGAUGUAGCAGCCCUCAAGUGCAAAGUCAUCUUUACCCUGAGAGACCCAAAGGAUGCUGCCCUAUCUUUGUACAAACUCAUUCACGACAGACCCUCGCCCUAUGGUAGAUAUCAGGGAUCCUUUGAGGAUUAUCUUCACCUCUACUUGGAUGAAAAAGUGGAAAAUAAUGGCAUAUUUGAACACUGGAGAGACGCCGAGGAAUAUUUCAGUCACCAUCCCGAUAUUCCAGUUCACUUCCAAUGUUAUGAAGAUGCCAUGAAGGAUCCUGUACGUGCUGUACAAGCUCUGUCCGAUUUCCUCGGGCUUCAAAGAGAUGACAACCUUUGCCGAGCCAUUGCAGAAAAAUGCACCUUUACAAGAAUGAAAAUCGACAAGGAGCCCUUUGCAAUAAAACUGGAUGGUGAAAAUUUUCUUUACAGAAAAGGAAUCGUUGGCGACUGGAAGAACUAUUACAACGAGCAGAUGUUGGACGAUUACUACAGAGUGUACGAAGAAAAGCUGGUGGGGACCAGAUUCUAUGAUUUGUAUGCCAGGAGUAAAUACUAACACUUUGGGAGUGACCAUUACCAUGUGACCAUGGCUGACCAUUACCAUCAUACUGUAAUAUUGGGAUUCCACGGAAAAAAUGGUUCUGUUGGAAUGGUCAAGUUACUUACUAAUCGAAGGCACAUUGGCUAACAUGAUCACACUAAUCAGAAUUGCUACUGUCAAAGGACACAUAUUAUAUAACGAUUCCAAUGUAUGUCCUAAUCUUGAAAUAUGUCUGGUAUAACUGUCGGAAUCUUCAGUAGUGUUGUUGUAUACAACUGACGGUAUGGCAUCGUGGUAGUGUUAAUACCUGUUUUAACGAAGGUCAACGUUGCCGAAUCUAGAUGACCGGCGUCAUCGAUGACGUUAAAAGUCCGCUGGACACUGCUACUGGCCAUGUUCUCGUAAUCAGGGCUGUUGUGUUUGUAGCAAGCCAAAGAAGGUGUUAAUAACUAAAAACCUGAACAGAAACACAUUAAACAUAUACAACACAACCGUGUAAUGCAGUACAAAAGUGACAGACGAAGAACGAACUGCCAAAUAAACUGAAGUGUCAGGAUGGGGUGAUGUGGUCAUUUCGCUCCUCUUGGUUCAUUGUAGACAUUACAAUUAAUUGUUAAAUUAAUACCAUUUGUGAAACUUAGACAACCAUUUAUUUGUGUCAUUAAUGAUUUUCAUUAUCAGCUAAACUGAUAAAUAAUAAUGUUUGAACUAUGAGACGAAUUACUAGCGAUUUUCGUAGAAAUUUCAGUGUUACUUGAGACACCUCAAAAUGAUUAUUGGAAAGAAAUAUAUGUUUGUCAAAUGUCCAUCGAAUAACUACAAAUGGCUAUGUUAUUAAGAAUCUACGUUAUAUGCGUUUAAUGCGGUUGUGUAGUGUUCUCUGUGAAUAGUUAGGUUUGUUGUUGUGGUUACUUCUGCUUUAUAUUCAUGUUCAGAAGAACGAUACUGUGGUCAAUACAUAAUUAUUUAUUUA